AUGGACAUUGAUCUCACUUUCAAAGCUGCUGGGAAGCUCUCCGGUCAUAAAGCGUGCAUAACGAAAAUUUUAUUUAGCAACGAUGAGAACUAUAUCGUGAGUUCAAGUUUGGACAACACUAUUUGUCUCUGGAAUGUAAACACACACUUACACAUAAACACAUACAAAGAUGUGCACAAAAAGGGAAUAAACGAUAUAGCCCUUUUCCGAGACAAUACGAAAAUUUUCUCAGCAGGAAAUGACGCACACAUUUACCUUUGGGAUACCCUCUCUAACAAAAUUUUAAAUAGGAUUUACAUUAAUGACAAGGUAAAUGUAAUCAAGCUAAGUAACAAUGAAAAACUUCUCUUUUGUACCAAAAAUAAUUCAGUUAAUGUUUACGAUUUUAGGGAGAGAGAUUUCAAGAAAAAAAACACACCUUUACAAGUGCUAAGUGAAGCCAAGGACUCUAUCUCUGACAUCUUGGUAGACGAUUUCGAAAUCUACACAUGCAGUAUUGACAAUUUGUUGAGACUGUACGAUUUGCGAAUGGGAAAAAUCCUAAGCUAUGACAUGAAUUCGUCCAUUCUAAGUAUUGACGUAAGCAAUGAUAAGAAUUAUUUUUGUGUAAAUUUGAUAGAUAACAGUAUCAAGUUGGUUGAGAAGAAUGGGGGAAGCGUCCUGGGUCUGUACAAAGGCGACAUGAACAACUGCCAUCGAAGGAACAUAAAAUUUGACAAGAAAAAUAAAUACAUCCUGUCUUGUUCAUAUAAAAACGAAUUGCUUGUUUAUGAUAUUGUAAAGAGUAACAUCAUUAACAAUACAACUUUUUACCGGAAUCUGCAAUAUGAAGAAAAUCUAGAUAUUUACAAAAAUACAUAUAUUAAACUACCCAUAGGAAAACCGACAUACUACUUAAAUAUCAAUAAAAAUAUAUUAACAGAAAAUUCCUAUAUCAACAAGGGGAAAUAUGACACUAUUCUCAGUAAAUACAAACAUUAUGGGACGAGAAAGCAAGUACAAUCUGCUGAUGAGGACUUUCAAAAUGUAGAUAAUAAGUUGGUUUGUGGUGAUAUGGAUGGAAACAUACAUGUGUUGCAGUUGUAUUAUGAUGUCUAA